CCAUGUACCGUGCGCCAUUUUGGAAGAAAAAAAAAUCACGGAUAAUUUCCGUGGUCUUGACAGAUCUGGAGCCGAGUCUGCACACUGAUUGUGGAUGUUAUCUGUUUUCUCUGAGCAAGCCGCAUUGGUCGAUCAGGUCUUGGAAGUUUCGUACAACAAGAGCUGCUAAAUGAAGCAAUGGCGGGAGUUGCAGGAGGAAAUGAUUUCCAGUGGUGUUUCUCUCAAGUAAAAGGAGCGAUAGAUGAAGAUGUUGCGGAAGCGGACAUCAUCUCAACCGUUGAGUUCAACUAUUCUGGAGAAUUACUUGCAACUGGAGACAAAGGCGGGAGAGUAGUGAUUUUUCAGCAUGAACAGGAGUCUAAGAAUCGUCCACACUUGCGUGGGGAGUACAACGUCUAUAGCACUUUUCAGAGUCACGAGCCAGAAUUUGACUAUUUGAAAAGUUUAGAAAUUGAGGAAAAAAUUAAUAAAAUAAGAUGGCUACCCCAACAAAAUGCUGCUCACUUUCUACUUUCAACAAAUGAUAAAACUAUCAAAUUGUGGAAAAUUAGUGAAAGAGAUAAACGGGCGGAGGGUUACAACCUGAAAGAUGAAGAUGGGCGAGUCCGAGAUCCUUUUAGAAUCACCUCUUUACGGGUACCUGUGCUGAUGCCAAUGGAUCUCAUGGUAGAAGCAAGCCCACGGAGGAUCUUUGCAAACGCGCACACCUAUCACAUUAAUUCCAUUUCUGUAAAUAGCGAUCACGAAACUUACCUCUCCGCAGAUGACCUAAGAAUAAAUCUAUGGCACUUGGAAAUCACAGACAGAAGUUUUAAUAUUGUAGACAUCAAGCCUGCCAACAUGGAAGAGCUGACAGAAGUAAUCACAGCUGCCGAGUGCCAUCCACACCAAUGCAAUGUAUUUGUGUACAGUAGUAGCAAAGGCACCAUCCGCCUGUGUGACAUGCGAGAGGCAGCACUCUGCGAUAGACACUCCAAGUUCUUUGAGGAACCUGAGGAUCCAAGCAGCCGAUCCUUUUUCUCUGAGAUCAUCUCCUCCAUCUCAGACGUGAAGUUCAGUCACAGCGGACGCUACAUGAUGACACGUGACUACCUCUCCGUCAAGGUUUGGGACCUGAACAUGGAGAACAGGCCAGUGGAGACGUAUCAGGUUCAUGAAUACCUUCGCAGUAAACUCUGCUCCUUGUAUGAAAAUGACUGCAUCUUUGAUAAGUUUGAAUGCUGCUGGAAUGGCAGCGACAGUGCCAUCAUGACCGGCUCCUACAACAACUUCUUCCGAAUGUUCGACCGCAACACCCGGCGGGACAUAACACUGGAGGCGUCCCGGGAGAGCAGCAAACCCAGGGCCACCCUCAAACCACGGAAAGUGUCCACCGGUGGCAAGAGGAAGAAGGACGAGAUCAGCGUGGACAGCCUGGACUUCAAUAAGAAGAUCCUCCACACUGCCUGGCACCCCAAAGAUAAUGUGAUAGCUGUGGCAGCCACCAACAACUUGUACAUUUUCCAGGACAAAAUCAACUAGAAGAUUGGUGGGGCUCCAGAGGAUAGGGCUUUUACCGUACCUGUGUAGUUAAGCCUACUACUUGUCUAUCUGUAUAAGAAGAAAACGGCCUUGUUGUCCUCCUGGUGAAGAUUUCGAAAGCACGUGUCUACUUUUUUUUUUUUUUUCUUUUUGGCCACAGGAGGUUUUCAUAGGCUGUUUUAUUUCGAGCUUAGGUUGAUUUUCGCCUGUGGGCAACCAGGGCCAUCAACAUGCCUCCCCUCCCUCCCCCCCCAUCCCAGAAAGCCCAAUUCCGGUCUAAUCGACGGAAAGGCACUCGGCAGAGGUCCAACUCUUGAGCGUUGCUGAUUCUUUUUGGUUGACAUUUUAAGCCUUCAUUUCACCAUUUAACAUCUGAACUCUUUAUAACGGCGUCUUGUCAAGGUUGAAUCCAUCUUUCAAAGAUCUCGGGGUCCUCAAGCACGGAAUAACGGCCGCUAACGCCAGCCGUCAACACUCCCGCGUUGGCCCUAUAGUUUUAGGCCAAACUACGAGCGGAAUGGGGUCGUGAAUUUGGAAAGUGGACUUGUUUCUCCUCAUCCCUCCCGUCUUUUUUUACCCCAGUUAAUACAGGUGAUAUAACUUCACUGACUGUAUCUACUUAAAUACACCUUGUCAUCCACAUAAUAAAAAGAAACUAAAACUACAGAUGUGUUUUUAAAUUUAGAAGUAUGUAUUAAAACAUGUUUAUUGCUUUGCAUGUUUUUUAUGUUGUAGAGAGGUGGAAAAUGUCCAGUCACACCACUGUCUAUUGAGCAGAUCUCCAAGAAAACGUCAAUGGAAAUAGUAUUUGGGGGGCCAUGGGUUUUGGAAACGGCUCAUUAUGUGUUUCUGUGGAGAGGUUAAGCUUCAGUUCUAAGGAAUGGAACGUUAAUGGGUCCAGGACAAAGGGGAAUCUGCAGCCUUAAUACCUACUUCUAUCAGUGACAGCUACGACUUUUAACAUCCCCAAACGUUUUUACAAACCUCAUGUGCAUUAUUUAUAAAUCCUAUUUUCUAGAGUUAUGUCCUCAUACGCUGCUGCUACAUGUGGCUGUCUAUGGAAACACAAAGGAGGAAGAUUGCACAGUUUCUGUGAUGGAGUGCCUCAGAACCCUGUAAUAAGUAGGAAACACAAGACAGGCCUCAUACAUGUGCCCUUAUUCAUUAAUAGGGAUGCCAUCCAAAUUGAUCCGCAUAACUGCAAAAUGUGGCUCUCCAGUUUGAAAUGCAGAAAUGAAGGUGGACUACGCAGAACAUAUGACAUUAAAACACACGAUGCAUUGUCUUUGUCCAUUGAUUCCUAACAUGGUGGCAAUGUAUUCACUUAUUAUUUUGACCAAAGUUCAAUAAAAAUUUUAAUUGUG